CGCCGCCUCUCCUUAAAGCGCGCUCGGAGCCGCUCCCGCCUCCUCCUGCGGCCCGUUCCCCGCUGCCCGCCAGCAUGUCGGACCGGCUGCCCUACAAAGUGGCUGACAUCAGCCUUGCAGACUGGGGUCGCAAGGCCAUUGAGAUUGCUGAGAAUGAGAUGCCAGGGCUGAUGAAGAUGCGGGAGAUGUACGCGGCAGCCAAGCCCCUGCGAGGCGCCCGGAUCGCCGGCUGCCUCCACAUGACCGUGCAGACAGCAGUGCUCAUAGAGACCCUGAUAGCCCUGGGAGCUGAGGUACAAUGGUCAAGCUGCAACAUUUUCUCCACUCAGGACCACGCUGCAGCUGCUAUUGCAAAAGCUGGUAUCCCUGUGUUUGCCUGGAAAGGGGAGACCGACGAGGAAUAUCUGUGGUGCAUCGAGCAGACCUUGUACUUCAAGGAUGGGCAGCCCCUCAACAUGAUUUUGGAUGAUGGUGGAGAUCUUACCAACCUUGUUCAUACCAAAUACCCACAGCUCUUGAAAGGAAUUAGAGGUAUUUCAGAAGAGACAACAACUGGAGUUCACAACCUGUACAAGAUGAAGGCCAAUGGGACCCUGAAAGUGCCAGCUAUCAAUGUCAAUGACUCUGUCACCAAGAGCAAGUUUGAUAACCUGUAUGGCUGCAGGGAGUCCCUGAUCGAUGGCAUCAAGCGCGCUACGGACGUGAUGAUUGCAGGGAAGGUGGCCGUGGUGGCCGGCUACGGCGACGUGGGCAAAGGCUGCGCCCAGGCCCUGCGGGGCUUUGGGGCCAGGGUCAUCAUCACUGAGAUCGACCCCAUCAAUGCCCUGCAGGCAGCCAUGGAAGGUUACGAAGUUACAACCAUGGAGGAGGCCUGCAAAGAAGGCAAUAUCUUUGUCACCACCACCGGCUGCACUGACAUUGUUCAGGGCAGGCACUUUGAGCAGAUGAAGGAUGAUGCCAUAGUGUGUAAUAUUGGCCAUUUUGAUGUGGAAGUUGAUGCAAAGUGGCUGAAUGAAAAUGCAGUAGAGGCAGUGAAUGUUAAACCUCAGGUGGAUCGCUACACGCUGCGCAAUGGCCGGCACGUCAUCCUGCUGGCUGAGGGCAGGCUGGUCAACCUGGGCUGUGCCAUGGGCCACCCCAGCUUUGUUAUGAGCAACUCCUUCACCAACCAGGUGCUGGCACAGAUCGAGCUGUGGACCCACAGUGACAAAUACUCUGUGGGAGUCCAUUUUCUGCCAAAGAAGCUGGAUGAGGCUGUGGCUGCUGCUCAUCUGGAUAAGCUGUGUGUGAAGCUGACGAAGCUGAGUGACAAGCAGGCCAAAUACCUCGGCUUACCGAGAGACGGGCCGUUCAAGCCAGACCACUACAGAUACUGAGCAGGUGGCACCAUCCAAAGACCAAAGUGCAGGGAUACAACCUUCCAAAGCUCUUGUGUGUUCUGGGAUUCUGAGAACAAACCCUUUGCCAUAUUCCUCUCAGUGCUGCUGAACCCCUGCCCUUUACUAAGGAAGCUUCAGGGCCUUUUUUGUUAGUGAAAGAGGAUCACUCUGACUCUUGGAAUUAGAAUUGGUUACUUAGCUAAUGUCGUGGUGAAAAGGUUCCUAUGCACCUUUUACUGACUUUAGUGUCUCAAUAAGGGGAGCACAACAGGAGACUGCUAAAGGAAAGUGCAUAGCACUGUCAAACAUGUGGCUACAGCCCCUUUGAACAGGCUAAGCAGUGAGAUGGGGAAGUGUCUACAGAGAGAUGCUUUUUGCCAAUGCCCUGCUCUAAUUAGCUGACCCUUGUUAGGAGGCUGGCAGUGUCAAGCUUCUCUCCACAGAGGUGCCCUAGCUGAAGUGCAUGUUGUGAAACUGAAAGAAACAGUGAGGAGUACAGAUGGCUUGGUCUCCUUUAAAAUGAAUUUAAUCUCCUAGUUGGAGAUUAGAGCUGGAGGUUUCUUCUAUGUUAAUUUACUCCAUUGGUUUUGGGUAGAACAAAGACCCUUCUGUGCUUCCAUACCAACUUGAGAGGUGAGAUGAGUGACUCUUCAUAGCAGCCUUCUGGUGUGUUGUGAAGGGCUGAGAAGGGAUGGUUUAGGGACCUUGUUUGAUCCUCUGAAAACACCAGCAGCACACUUCCACCCACAACUUGUUUAUUCUCAGUUGUCAUGUCUGCUGUGUCUUGUUUGUCACUGACUCAAAGUGCUUUUAUUAAAGAUCUGACUGUGGCCUGA